CACUGCCGUGGACGCCGCAGGCGAAGCGUGAAUGUGAAUAUAACCUCUUCCUUUUGAAUCCGUUAAGAUUAAAGAAGUGUGCUAAUUGGAAAAAUAAAUUGACCAGCCGGAAGUAUCUAAAGCCACAAAAAAGAAAAUUAUUCUGAUUCUGGUCAUUCUGUUUCGAUCGUGCCAAUAAGGUUAAGUGAAUCGAAGCAUGAUAACCUGUGCCGACAAGUUCUGGCACACGUGACGAGCUGAAAGGAGAACACGCAGCAUGGUGCAGAGCAGAAUAUUCGCACGAAAUCGUGCGCUCGGUUAUGUCAGCAAUCACAUACCGCUCGUGACGCGAUAUAUCCUCAAGAGGAAGGAGCACUUGGUGAUCACCUGCGUCGGCAGGGCGUUUCACACGUACGGAUGCAAGCAUUUUACGCUGUUGAGCGUGUCCGGCCUGCAUCCGGACAACAUCACCUGCCUAGCCACCGAUACAUUCCAUGUAUAUACAGCUAGCGCGAACAAUGUAUAUGCAUGGCGUCGGGGUACAGACUUGAAGCACACUUACAAGGGCCAUGAGCACCCGGUGCACUUGCUGCUACCAUUCGGCGCUCACUUGCUGUCGGUCGAUGAGAGCAGUAAUCUGAAGGUAUGGGACAUCAAAGAGGAGACACAGUUGCUGGAGCUAUAUUUCAACAAUGUUACGUUCAGAAUCACCACGAUAAUGCAUCCAAACACUUACAUGAACAAGAUCCUGUUAGGCAGUGAGCAAGGCCAGUUGCAGCUGUGGAACAUCAAAAGUAUGAAGAUGAUUCACAUAUUCAAGGGGUGGGAUAGUGCUGUUACUGCGUUGGAGCAAGCUCCAGCAGUGGAUGUGGCAGCGGUAGGCUUGAAGAAUGGCAGGAUUAUCCUACACAAUCUCAAGUACGAUGAGAGCAUCUUCGACCUGGUGCAGGAUUGGGGCUCAGUGGUGUCGAUCAGUUUCCGCACGGAUGGUCAACCAAUCAUGGCGACUAGCAGCCCGUGUGGUCGUAUCGUGUUGUGGAACCUGGAGCAACGUAAAGUGGAAAAUCAGAUGACCCAGGCGCACAAUAAAGCUAUCACCGGCCUGAAGUAUAUCCCGAACGAGCCACUGUUGCUCUCGUCCUCGGCCGACAACUCCUUGAAGCUGUGGAUAUUCGAUUCGUCCGAUGGCGCAGGCAGACUCCUGCGGAUUCGAGAAGGCCACGCUGACCCACCGACGCUGGUGCGUUUCUACGGGAGCGACGGUAACUACCUGCUGACAGCGGGCGGCGAUUCCUCGCUCCGGUUGUUCUCCACCGUCACGGAGAUACUGAACAAAAAUUUAGGCAAAGCGUCGUUCAAUCGCAAGUCCUCCAAGAGGAGGUCUCGCUUGGUCGAAGACCCGCUGCAAAUGCCGCCGAUCGUAGACUUCUCUACCGAGAUGACGAGAGAGAAAGAAUGGUGCAAUGUAGCUGCGAGACAUUUCAACAUGGCUGUAGUCUCCACGUGGUCGACUCAUCUGCAGAAAAUGGGAGAGUUGAAACUGACGCCUAAGAGGUUCCAGGGUAAGCGCAACGUUACGGCGACCAGCCUGUGCAUUACCAAGUGCGGCAAUUUCGUCGUGAUCGGCUAUAGUACAGGACAUGUGGACAAGUUCAAUAUACAGUCCGGGAUACAUAGAGCGUCUUACGGGGGUGAGGAAGGCGCUCACGAGGGCACCGUCAAGGGGGUUAUGGUCGACGAUCUGAUGCAAACUCUUAUGACCGCUGGCGAAGAUAGACUGGUCAAGUUCUGGGACUUCAAGCCCAAGCAAGAUGUAACUACAACGAGAACGAUAUUAAAGAUGGAAAACUCGAUCGAAUGGAUACGAUACCACAAUGAGAGUUCUCUCAUAGCUAUAUCCUUGGAUAAUUGCACUAUCGUAUUAUUGGAUAUGGACACUAAGAAUAUAGUUCGGUGUUUCGAACACGAGGCUCCAGUAACAGACGCGUGCUUCAACCCCGACUCCAGGUGGUUGAUCACAGCAUCUACGGACGGCACAAUUCGCACUUGGGAUAUACCAUCUUCACACAUGAUAGAUAUCUUUGAGGUUCCUGAGACUUGUAUGUCCUUAAGCUUCUCCCCAACCGGUGAGUUCCUGGCGACAGCGCACAGGGGCAAUCGAGGGAUCUUCCUAUGGUCAAAUCGUAUGCUCUUCUCAUAUAUUUCGCUGAAAGCCGUCAGCAAGGACAGCAUGAUACCCGAGAUAGAACUCCCUGGCGUGUUUGUGGAAAUCGAGAAGUCCGACGACAAUGAUGAUGUCGUCGCCGCGGAGCCAGACUACGUGUCGCCCGAUCAGCUCGAUGCUAGUCUCAUAACAAUGUCCGCCGUAGCGCAAUCCAGGUGGCAGAAUUUACUGGACAUCGACAUCAUCAAACAGAGAAACAAGCCGAAGCAGGCGCCGAAAGUACCAGAGACCGCACCGUUCUUCCUACCUACGAUUCCAUCGCUCGACAUGCGCUUCGAUUUCUCGCAUCUUAAGAUCAAUGAAAAGGCCGAGAAGCAGGGCGCGAAUUCCGUUUUGCAGAAUGUCACGUCGCUCAGCAAAAGUUUGAAAUCCGUUGCUGCAACCGAUGACUUCUCAAUCGUGGUGGAGAGACUGAAGACGAUGAGCGCCAGCGCCAUCGAUUUUGAGAUCCAGUCAUUGUCCUUUGACGAGAUCUCGUCCGAGUCAUUGUUGUUGCAGUUCAUGAAAACGAUCUGCUUCAUGAUGGAACGGCAAGUGGACUUCGAACUGUCGCAAGCGUACUUGGCGGUGUUCCUCAAGUGGCACGGCACGACGUUGACGGAAAAGGAUACGCUACGGGAUUACUUAAGGGUGAUUCAAGAGGUGCAAAAGAAGAACUGGCAUAUCUUGCGAGAUAAAUUAUUUUAUAAUAUCAGUGUCGUACAAAAUCUAAAAAAAAUGUAACAUAAAUAGAUAAAACGUACGAACUGUUAUGA